AUGUCUUCAUUCGAUAAACAAUCUGCCUUUCGUUCAUUUGCCUCGCAAGCAAGCAGCACCUUUAUCCCUGUGGCAGCCAACAUUGAUCAAAAGACUAUCUCUCCCAAAAAGUACGCAGGACGCUACACAGUGACAUUGAUCCCUGGUGAUGGCAUUGGUCCCGAUAUUAGCGAAUCCUUGAAAAAGGUGUUUGAAGCGCUUAAUGUGCCCGUAGACUUUGAGCAAUACAACUUGUCGGGUGUGCACCAUGACGAAGGUGAUAAUGAUGAACUUUUACAAGAAGCACUCGCAUCGCUGCGUCGCAAUAAAAUUGGCAUCAAGGGUCCUCUUUACACGCAAACAUCACUCACCGAACCAGAAUCCAUGGGCGUCACCAUGCGUAAGGAUCUCGACAUGUACGCAUCAUUAUCAUUGUGCAAAAACAUCCCUGGCGUCGAUACUCGCAUGAAAAACGUGGAUUUUGCCAUCAUCCGUGAAAACACCGAAGGUGAAUACUCGGGCCUUGAACAUCAGUCGGUCCCUGGCGUUGUCGAAUCCCUCAAAAUCAUCACACGUGCAGGUGCUGAGCGUAUUGCACGCUUUGCAUUUGACUAUGCCUUGAAGAACAAUCGCAAAAAGGUGACCAUUAUCCACAAAGCCAACAUCAUGAAAUUGGCAGAUGGUCUUUUCUUGCGUACAUGUCGCGAGGUGGCCAAAGAAUACGAGUUGCAUGGUAUCACGUGCAAUGAUAUGAUUGUUGACAAUGCUUCUAUGCAGUUGGUAUCACGUCCUCAGCAAUUUGAUGUCAUGGUUAUGCCAAAUCUUUAUGGAAGCAUUGUAUCCAAUAUUGGUGCUGGUUUGAUUGGAGGACCUGGUUUAGUUCCCGGCUGCACCAUCGGCCGCGAGUAUGCACUUUUCGAAUUGGGAUGUCGCCAAGUGGGAUUGGAGUUACAAAACAAGAAUGUUGCCAACCCAACGGCCAUGCUCCUUUCUGCUGUCAUGAUGCUACGUCAUUUGAACCUGAACGAGUAUGCUGAUAGUAUUUCUAAUGCCGUACAUCGCACCAUUGAAACCGGCAAGGUCAAAACCAAGGAUCUUGGUGGUAAUAGCACAACCGAAGAAUUCACUGCUGCCGUUAUUGCCAACCUGUAA